AUGCAGACCUUUCCAAAUAAUGUACUAACUAAACCGUUCAAACCUCGCAAACUUAAUGCUGCGAUAUUACAGCUAGAGUUCAAGAUGUCUCCUGGUGAAGACGAUAAUCAUCCGGAAUAUCUAAUUAGAAUGGGACCAAAAGCCAAGGAAACCAUGCUGACGCUUUUCAACAAAAUCCAAGGAAACCAUGCUGACGCUUUACAACAAAAUCUGGGAGACAAGGAAACCAUGCUGACGCUUUACAACAAAAUCUGGGAGAGAGGAAAUGGAGAAGACUCACCUGAAUGUAACCUACAGGAGGAAAUGGAGAAGACCCACCUGAUUUGGUGUCCAGCUCUAAAGACAAGGACGGAAAGCCAAAGAUAUAUACAGGAGGAAAUGGAGAAGACCCACCUGAUUCGGUGUUCAUCAAGAGGAAAUGGAGAAGACCCACCUGAUUCGGUGUCCCACUCUAAAGACAAGGACGGAAAGCCAGAGAUACUGGGAAGCAACUAA